GAGAGUAACGCUCUGACAGACAGUGAGAGCUCAGAGAAAGGAAAAGGGAUAGAGUGAGUUGUGGGGGACAAACGAAAAACAGAUUAAAUGCUGUAAAAGACUUUUUCCUUCCUUGAUUGUUGCAGCGUCUGAUUCUGCUCUGUCUUCCCGCUCUGAAUUCAGCUGACAGCACUUCAAGUCUUUGUGUUUGCUCUUUUUUACCUAACCCCCUGUAUGCUGAAGGAUUGACACACAAGGAGCUACAAAGCGGUGACCAAGCACCUCAAUGAAAGCUGCACUGACAGAGGCUCUGAAACACGUGCAGACUGUGUUUCAGAGGAAGCCCAUGCGAGGAUUAGACCACUUCACUCUGUAAGUGAGAUGCCACCGAGGUGCAAGAAGCAACAACAAAAAUAGCAGAGGGCUUCUCCAAAUGCUGAAGAGUUUCUACCUCUAAGUCACAACAGCAGGAUUUAAAGCCCUGGGAAUGAAAAGCUAAGGCCUGUGAGGGGAGUGGAGCCAGAGUGGAAGGAAAUAGAACAACAGCCAACAGCUGUCAGAGGAACCGUCUGACCAAUCAGCAGAGGGCAGGAUUGCAUGCGGCCAGUUGGAGGGAGAGAAAUGUUGGGAAAGGUUGGGCAUGCGGCCCUGACGUUGCUGUCAUUACUGCUGCUGUGGCAGGAAGCGGCAGCCAUCGAGGUUCCUUUAGAUCCAAAGAUCCAGCAAGACUUGAAGCAGCCCCCCACCAUAAUCAAACAGUCAGUGAAGGACUACAUCGUCGACCCCAGAGAUAACACCAUCAUCAUAGAGUGUGAAGCCAAGGGCAACCCAGUGCCAAAGUUCUCAUGGAGGAGAAACGGGAGGCUGUUCACCAUUGGCAAAGACCCCAGAGUGACUAUGAGAAAACGCUCAGGAACCCUGGAGGUAGGAUUCCGUAGCGGAGGACGACCAGAGGACUACGAGGGAGAGUACCAGUGUUUCGCCUCAAAUGACCUCGGAGUGGCCCUGUCCAACAAAAUACUGCUCCGUGUCUCCAAGGCCCCGUUAUGGCCUAAGGAAGUUCUGGCCCCGGUGCCGGUGACUGAAGGCUCCCCUCUGGUCCUGCCCUGCAACCCACCGCCUGGCCUGCCUCCUCCAUUGAUAUUCUGGAUGGACAGCAACAUGACCCCCAUCCUUCAGGACAGGAGGGUUUCCAUGGGUCUGAAUGGAGACCUGUACUUCGCCAAUGUUUUGGUCCAAGACGCUCACAGUGACUACAGCUGCAACGCUCGCUUCAACUUCACAUACACCAUCCAGCAGAAGAACCCCUUCAACCUCAAAGUUCAGACCACGGAGCCAUAUAAUGACACAUCUUACAAUGCCUCUGAUCCCUUCGGUGGCCGCAAAGUAGCAGAGACACCGCCGUCCUUCCUGUCUCCUGAGGGGAGUGGGAGCUCCAAAAUGGUGCUACGAGAUGAGCAAUUGCUGCUGGAGUGUAUCGCUGCUGGCCUUCCGACUCCCUCCAUCAAGUGGUUUAAGAGAGGGGGAGACCUGCCAGCACAGAAGGUGAAGUUUGAAAACUUCAAUAAGACUCUGAAAAUUCUCAGCGUGUCAGAGGAGGAUGCUGGGGAGUAUGUCUGCAUGGCAGACAACCGACUGGGCAGCAUACGCCAUUCCAUCGACGUCCAAGUCAAAGCUGCUCCUUACUGGUUAGACAAACCCACAAACCUGGUGCUGGCCCCAGAGGAAAAUGGCCGUCUGGUGUGUCGAGCCAACGGCAACCCUAAACCCAACAUCCAGUGGCUUAUGAACGGCGAGCCAAUAAACAAAAUCACAGAAACUCCAGCAAGCGCAAACAGAGAAGUUCUUGGUGACACCAUUAUGUUCCGCGGCGUGCAGAUCGGAAGCAGUGCGGUCUACCAGUGCAACGCCUCCAACCAGCACGGCUAUCUGCUGGCCAACGCCUUCGUCAGUGUUCUCGACAUGGCUCCACGGAUGCUGGGACCCAAAAAUCAGUUAAUCAAAGUCAUCAUGAACAACCGAACCUUCCUCAACUGCCCUUUCUUUGGCUCUCCUUUACCUGAGCUUCGCUGGUUUAAGAAUGGCCAGGGCAGUGGGCUGGAUGGCGGUCAGUACCGGGCCCACAUCAACGGCACCCUGGAGAUAAAACGCGCUCGAAAGGAGGAUGAGGGCAUCUACACCUGUGUGGCUAACAACAUGUUGGGCAAAGCUGAGAACCAGGUUCAGCUGGAGGUCAAAGAGCCUACUCGUAUAAUUCAAGCUCCCACGCACCAGUCAGUUUUGAGGGGCUCUAAAGCUAGCUUCCACUGUAAGGUGGUGUCGGACCCCAGCCUGCCCACCAAGGUGACCUGGACCAAGGACGGAGAGCGCCUGGAUCUUGGAUGGAGGCUGAAGAAGGAUGAAGAGUCUCUCACCAUCCCGUCUGUCACUGAGAACGAUGAGGGAAUUUACACCUGCACUGUUAAAUCUGAGAUAGACCAGGACUCAGCCUCAGCCCGCCUCACUGUCUUAGAGGACGCCUUCCUCAACCCCUCAGUCUUUAGUGCCUUGCCUCCAGACCGUCCAGACCCACCAAUAGAUCUGGAUCUGUCAGACCCAUCAGCCCGUAGUGUUCGUCUCACCUGGAUUCCUGGGAACGAGCGCAGGAGCCCAGUCACAGAGUUCUUGGUCCAGUUCGAGGAGAACCACUGGGAACCGGGCAGAUGGCAGGACCUGUCCUCUUUCCCCGGAGACCUCAACUCGGUCAUCCUGCAGCUUGCCCCCAAUGUCAAUUAUCAGUUCAGGGUCAUUGCCAUCAACUCAGUGGGUCGGAGUCAACCUAGUCAGCCCUCACCUCGGUACAAAACCACCGCGGCACCCCCAGAUGCCAUUCCCAGAGAUUUACGUGGUUGGGGAUCCGAUAAGGACAACAUGGAGAUCACCUGGGAGCCGCUGCGCGAUCUGGAGAAAAAUGGCCCAAACCUGCAGUACAACGUGUGGUGGAGACGGAAAGACUCCGGGGACAACUGGACCAACGUGACCACGUCCGAGUCCAAACACGUCGUUCGUUACACUGAAACAUAUGUGCCUUACGAGAUGAAAAUCCAGGCCAGGAACGAGUUGGGAUCAGGACCCGAGUCUAACAUCGUCAUUGGAUAUUCUGGAGAGGACAAACCCGCUGAUUCACCCACUGAGCUGCGGGUGUCGAAGGUCAGCAGCACCAGAGCAAACAUCCACUGGAAACCUGUAGAUCUGAGUUCUGUCCAGGGAGAGUUCAAAGAGUACAGAUUGUACUACUGGCGCGAGGCCAGUCUGGUUCCAGGGGUGGUGGUGAGCAAGGAGAAGAUGACCACUGGGUUCUACACGACUGUUCCAGAACCGUCUGGGAUUCUCAAAGACUUGGUGCCCUACUCUAAAUAUAAGAUGUUCAUGGUUGUGGCCAACAGUCGCUAUGAGAGUCUCCCCAGCAACAAUGUGGAAUUCACCACAGCGGAGGACGUUCCGGAUGCUCCCAGGUUCUUCAGGAUUAACCGCAGAAGUCUGGACACGCUCUACUUGGAAUGGGGCAAACCAUUAGAACCCAACGGCAUUCUAGUUGGAUACCAACUUGCAUACCAGAGAGUGAACGGGUCCAGACUAGGUCCCCAGCAGAUUGAGACGUUCCGUCCCAACGAGACAGACUUCGUCCUGCGCCUGCCGGACCGGAACGCUCGCUACAAGUUCAACCUGUCAGCGCUCACCAAGGUGGGAAAGGGGGAGGUCUAUGCCGAGGAGUCGCCACACUUUACCAAUGAAGAAAACUUUACUGAUGCUACAGAUGUAGUUGAACUUACGGACGCCACCCUGUCUCCUGUUUUCUCUCCUACUCCCACUCCUCUUCCUCCUACUACCAUCCCUCCCACAACAAUUAGUAUCACAACUCCUACCCCUCCUCCUACCCCUCCUCCUACCCCUCCUCCAACAACCCCUCCUACUACUACCACUACUACUACCACUGAGGCAACUACACCCUCCACAGUUCCUGUGCUGGUCACCACCAAACGAGUUGAUCAAAAUGUCUUGGUAACCCCUCGGCGGGAGAUCUGGAAUCUGACGGUGGUCCCCGACAGUUACUACGCUAACGUCAACUGGAGUCACAACUUCCCAGCUGACAGCAAGUUUGUUCUAGAGGUCACUCUGGACAGCAACAAGACAGUGACAGUCGAAGAGGUGAAACAGCCGCCCGUUAAUCUGAAGGCUCUGAUCGCUGGUGAGAAGUACCAUCUGAGGGUUUACUCCCAAGAGCUCAACAGCGUCAGCAGCAAAUCUGUCACCUUUAAAACUAAAGCAGCUCACAUAGACCAGGUAGACAUAGCCACUCAGGGCUGGUUCAUUGGCUUGAUGUGUGCCAUUGCCCUGAUUAUACUGAUCCUCCUCAUUGUCUGCUUCAUCAAGAGGAGUCGCGGAGGCAAAUACCCAAGUCCCGGAUUCUUGACUGGUUUCACAAAAUACCUCGUUCGUGACAAAAAAGAUCUUCCCCUGGAUCCAGUGGACCAGAAAGAUCAGGAUGGAUCCUUUGAUUACCAAAAUGGUUCAUCUGUCCGCGACAGGAACGAAAAUGAGAACAGCAGCGACGAGGACAACAAGCCUCUGCAGGGCAGCCAGACUUCGCUGGACGGCAACGUGAAGGAGAGCGACGACAGCCUCGUGGACUACGGCGAAGGCGGCGACGGCCAGUUCAACGAGGACGGCUCCUUCAUCGGCCAGUACACAGUGAAGAAGGACAAGGACGAGACGGAGGGGAACGAGAGCUCCGAGGCCACCUCUCCUGUCAACGCCAUUUACUCGCUGGCGUAGCGGAGCGGUGCCGCCGCAGGACUCCCCGACGCCCUUCCGAUUCCCGUUAGGCACCUCACCGUACACGAGACACACACUUGAUUAUACGAGUAUCUAACACACUGUACACGCAGAAACGCAGGAGGCUCUGUCUGGAGACUAAACAGACUGUCCUCCAUAGAGAUAAAGACGAGGAACACCGGGGUGAGAGGGUGGGUAAGCUUAGACCACAAGCCUUUAAUUUUCAGUUUCUUGGCUCUGAUUACACGAUCCGUCGGAGGCGAUCAUUGGACGGAGAGAAGUCGUCUCCGGAGCGCCCCCAUCUGCUCUUCACCCAUGCAAAACUUUGAAGUGUGCCUUCAGUGGCGGCUUUGGAUGCAUCCGCGAGCAGUCUUGGUUUGUUUUGUUGGGUGUCCUGUCCCCUUCUUCCCCUCCUUGUCAUUUCGCCGCUGCUCUGCCUGAGAUGCUCCUCUGAAUCUGAAUCCCCGAGUCCGCUCCGACCCCGUCCUGUGACAUAUCAGUCUCUCACCGUUAAUCUGAACAAGAUGCUGGCAGAUAUGUUUAUCAUAUUGAUACUUACUGCGCAGUGAACAAUUUUCUUUUCUUCUAUUUUUUGUUUUCCACAGCUGGUUAGAUGAUGUAUUGAGUCCUAAUAAAUGCUGUACACAGUCCUGGCACACAUUUUAGUGCCCCUUAAAACUAUGCACAACCUCCAUAACAUUUUGAGUUCAAUCUGGUUUAUGAAAACAUGACGUUAGGUUUCUGUUGGCCAUCUUAAAUCUGAAAACACGUGUUUUUAUCAACAUGUUCGUCUCCGAUGUUCAAUCCAACCUUUUAAUGUCUUGUUAAAAAAAAAAAAAAAGAAGAGAAUCCAGCACCUGCACAGGCUUCAGCCCUUCUUUCAUUCAUCUGUACAAAAGGAAAAAAAAGUCCAUCUUUUGAAUAAUAAUGAGAAAAAAGCAGAUAUUUUGGAGCAUGAUAGUAAAACAUGUGCACUAAUAGAAGCAGAAAAGGUAGUUUUAGCAAGAAACACCAAAAUAUCAAACCCAGUUAAUUCCCUCAUAAUAAGCAAGCCACCACCGCUCUGCUUCGUUGUUGCCACGGCGCCUCACAUUUUAUUUUAGUUUGAGUUCAAAUUUGUUGCACGUUAUUAAUAAAACAUCAAAAUCUGUAGCAACAACAUUUGAGUUCAUGACAGAAAAUGGAUUACAAAUCUGCAUCACACACACACACACACACACACACACACACACACACACACACACACACACACACACACACACACACACACAUUGGAUAUUUUAGAUGGUGAAAGCAGACUUUAAAUUCUUCCUGUGAACAAAAAAAAACAAGGUGUGUCCAGAUUGAGGGUUUAUGCUGCUUCCAUUCAGUCAGAUGUUUGUCUCCACUAUAAACCCAGCAAACGUCAAAGAAUGAGAUAUUAUCACAUCACCACAACAUUUGAAAGCAGAUAUGAUUUUUGCAUUUCUUUGCCUUCACAUGACCUGUAAAAUCGUUCAUGUUCUGUCUGAACCCAACUGGACGCACUAAUCCACACCUUUGCGUUUUUCUGCCAUUUGCGCCUCUUUGUAGAGCCUUUAUGAUGGUCAUUUGUUCUCACACGACUAUUAAAGUAGAAUUUUUACAGUAUGAUUAUAAUCAACUGAAUCGCUUUAAAAUGACAUAUGCUAAUAUGUUGUUUUUGGAGAGGAAGGCUCAGUAUUUUACAUUCAUCCAAGCUGAUUGGUCGACUCCGUGUUCAGUAAAAAAAAAGCAAAAAAAAAACAAA